CACGCACACACACAGACACCCCCUCCCUCUCGUCAUCUCCCCGCUUUCGCCUUUUUUUUUUCUCCUCGCCUGUCCUUCUGCCGCAGCCCCACUCCCUCUGGCCAGCUCCCCCUUUCCACUGGUCCCCGAAGUACGCCACGCGUGGUGAGGCAUGAACCAUCCGGCCUUCGCGCCGACGCUGCCGCCGGCCCCGGCCCCGGCCCGCCCUGGGGCGCCUGCCCCGGCCGUGCCUUGCUCCACGGCACCGGCCGCCUCGCGUGAGGAAGUUUGCCAGCUGAUCGCCCAGCAACUGAUGUUCUACAACCUGCCGGAGGUGGCAGCCGCCGUGGCCGAUGCGGCCAGCCUCCCCACCGGGCCGGCCCUACGCGGGACCAAUGCCCUGGCACAGAGCCUGGACGACCGAUCGGCCGCCCUCCAAGCGCUGCGCUAUCAUUCGCGCGAGGCGCGAGCCGUCCCGCCGGGCACUCGGCCCGGCGGUGCCACCCGUGCGGAGCAGCUGUUCGCCCCGGCAAUCGAUGCGGCCACCCUGGCCGCCCUCGAUGCCCCGGGCCCGGGGAUUGGCUCGAUGCCGCUCGGGAUUGGGCCUCUGCUGGGGCCGGAUGCUCGGGGCCUCGGGCCCGGCCGGGCCAUGUCCCAAGUGGCGCACCUUGCCCAGCAGUCGCCGGCGGCUCGCGAUGAUUCGCACCUGCCCGUGCGCAGCCUGUCCUUCAGCCAGGAUGGGCGCCUUUUGUGCUCGACGCACACGGCUCCGGCCGGGGCCGGCGGCACCGGCAUCGCGGCCGGGGCCGGCGGUCGCGGCGGCGGCGGCGGCGGCACCAAUGCCGGCAAUGCCGCCCCGACCGGCGUCAUCCGGAUAUGGGACGUGGAUCGCUGCGUGGCACAGGGCCACGCGGAUGCCGCGCUGUUGGAAUUGCCCCUGGGAACGUCAUCCUCCGGGGCCUCUGGCCGUGUGGUCACCUGCUGGCAUCCUCGUCGGCCGCAGGUGUUCGCCGGCAUGGCUGACGGGCGCAUCCGCAUGUUUGACCUGCAUGCGUCGCAAAAGGCCCUGGCGGCCGGGCAGGCCGGCCCCGGAGGCAGGCAUGGCGGCGGCGGUGGUGGCGGCCGACUGAAUAGCGCCUGGCGCGAUGGCCGCGAUCCGCAGCCCGUGCACUGCCUGGCCGCGCAUCCCUCCGGGGACUAUCUCUUCGUGGGUGGCGGCUAUCUCGGGGGCAUUGGACCGGCGGCCACUUCCUCCGACUCGGAGGAGGCCGGCGUCGGGGUCCCCGGCAGCGGCACCGAGGCGUCGGUCGUUUCCAGCGCCGCCGCCGUGCGCAUGUACGACUCAGCCAGCUUGACUUGCUACCUGGCCCCGGCGGAGCGUGUGGCCGCCGAGGAUGCCGAAAAUGGAGCCGGUGCCGGCUGCGUCCGGGCGCUCGCCUGUGACCAGUCGGGCUACCUGUAUGCCGUGGGCACGGAUCGCGGCCAGGUUCGCGUGGUGGAUGUCCCCUCCGGCCGGCUGGUCAGCAAUCUGGGCGCCGUGAGUCUCGGCGGCGAGGUGGUUUCCCUGCAAUUCUCGGCCUCCGGGCGGAUGCUGCUCGUACGCACGCGCUCCGAUGAGGCGGGCGUGGUGCUGGUGGAUUUGCUCAGUGGCCGGGUGGUGCAGAAAUACCUCGGUGUGCGGACCACCCCGGGGCAUGUGAAGUUCCCCUCGGUCCAUGGCGACAUCAGCGCGGCCUGCCUAUCGCCGGACGAGACAGCGGUCGGCGCCUUGUGUGCCAACUCCGGCGUCCUUUCGGUGUGGGACACACGCACGGCCGAACCGCGGUCCUAUUGCACUCUUGAUGCCGAUGGCAUCCCGACGGUCUUGGCCGCGGCGCCGGCCGGAUCGAUCACCGCACAGCCCCUGGGUCCCGGGGUGGGCGAAGCCGAUGACGGCCCCCGGGUGCCGGACCUGGGUGGGCUUUUCGCCACUGGCGGGCCUGACUCCUCCGUUCGACUGUGGGCGCCGCACCUCCCUUGACGCAGGGGGGGGGGGGGGCCCCGCCGGCC